CUGGUUCAGGGAAAGGUUAGAACACUGAGUACACAGCAGCUGCCAAACAAGAUGUGUUUGGUUGAAGGCCUGGCAACAGGAGGACUGCCGUUGAACACCUGACAAUGAGAAAAGCCCCGGGAGAGGUCCCACACCCUGGUGGGGGGCCGAGUCAGCCGUUAUGUUCCAAGAAGGUAGCUAAGAAACUUGCCCCCGGGCUAAACCCUUGCCAUAUUAGAAUCCACCAAUUAUAUCCCUGUAACCAUGCAUCUGCUUCUGUAUGCUUGCUUCUGCUCCCCAAAAUCCUAUAAAAGCCCUUCCUUGGUUCCGUGGGGCGCGCCAGUCCCCCGAGUGACUGAAGCGCCCGCAGGUGCCUGUGCCUGUGUAUCCCGACAAUAAACCAAAUCCUCUUGCUGAUUGCAUCCUGUGGUGUCUCGGUCUGGUCUUUGGAGUUGGAGGGUCUCCAUCCCGAGGGAAAGUUCUCCCUGAGAGCUUUUCAUUUGGUGCGUUGGCCUGGAAAGGAGAUCCUCCACCCAGGGACCACCGACCACCCACUGGGAGGUAAGCCGGCCGACGUCUGUCUGUCUGUCUAAUUUUGUCUCGUUCUACCUUAUUCUGUCUGUUCUGUGAGCGCUCAGCCAGGUCUGUUCUGUGAGCGCUCAGCCAGGUCUGUUCUGUGGGCGCUCAGCCAAGUCUGUUCUGUGAGCGCUCAGCCAGGUUCUGUGAGCACUCAGCCAGGUCUGUUCUGUGAGUGCUCAGCCAGGUUGUUUGGAAUUUGGGCGGGACGAAGAAGGAGCUGACGAGCUCGGACUUCUCGCCCCGCAGCCCUGGAAGACGUUCCAAGGGUGCUAGGGGCCCGACUUUUCGGGCCCCAAUCUGGGAGAGGAGAAAGAUCCGGACUAACGGCACCUCUGUCUGUAUUUUUGGCUUUCAGAGGGCCCCGGACCUUUGCCACCUCUAUCUGAGAAAGAUCCGGACUAACGGCACUCUGUCUGUAUUUUUGGCUUUCAGAGGGCCCCGGACUUUUGCCACCUCUAUCUGACUUUUUGCUUUCAGUUUGGUACCAAAGCCGUGCAGCACGCCUGUCUGUUGUUUGUUUGACUGUUGGUGUUGUUUGUUUUCUCUGUGUUCUAAUCUUCCUUAGAACUAACAUGGGACAGUCCCUAACAACGCCCCUAAGUCUCACUCUUGAUCAUUGGAAAGACGUCCACGACCGGGCACACAACCAGUCCGUCGAGGUUAAAAAAGGAAAAUGGCAGACUCUCUGCACAUCCGAGUGGCCCACCUUCGGAGCCGGAUGGCCAGUGAAUGGCACAUUUAAUAAGAUCAUUAUUUUACAGGUUAAAGAUCGGGUCGUCCACGGACAUCCUGACCAGGUUCCUUAUAUUAUCACUUGGGAGAGUCUUGCCUUAUACCCCCCCCCUUGGGCGGAACCCUUCGUGGACCCGAAUUGGCCUCCCCUCAACCCCCAGCUUGUCCCCUCGGCCCCGCCCGGUUUGCUGGCCCCGUCUUCCUCUCUCUACCCCACUCUAAUUAAAUCAGAGCCUUCUAAGAAACCUGUCCUCCCGGCAGACUCAAACUCCCCUCUCAUAGAUCUUCUCUCUGACAGGCCCGGCUGAAACGGAGGAGGCAGAGCCGCCGGCCAGAUCAGUUGCCGGGCCACAGUCUGAUAAGGGUUUCUCCCCUGUCGCAGGGAGAUUGCGCAAUAAGCGCGAGGUGAUGCCAGAUUCAACCUCCCAGGCUUUCCCACUUAGACAGGGAACCGGUGGCCAGACCCAAUACUGGCCGUUUUCAGCAGCUGACAUUUACAAUUGGAAACAACACAACCCUUCUUUCUCCAAAGAUCCGAUGGCACUCACCGACCUAAUAGAAUCUGUUUUACUUACCCACCAGCCUAUUAAGGAUGACUGCCAACAGCUCUUACAGGCCCUCUUAACCUCAGAAAAAAAAAAAAAAACAAAGAGUGUUCCUAGAGGCCAGAAAGCAUGUUCUGGGAGAUGAUGGGCGUCCCACCCAGCUGCCUGAGGAAAUUGAUGCUGCAUUCCCACUUAAGAGACCAAACUGGGAUUUUAAUACAGCUGAAGGUAAGGGACACCUACGCCUUUAUCGCCAGUUGCUUCUAGCGGGUCUCCGAGGGGCUAUACGACGCCCUACUAAUUUGGCUCAGGUAAAACAGGUAUUACAGGAAGCAGGGGAAACUCCCUCCGCCUUUCUAGAGAGACUUAAGGAGGCCCUACCGUAUGUACACUCCCUAUGACCCAGAUGACCCAGGACAAAUGACGAGUGUCUCUAUGUCCUUCAUCUGGCAGGCUGCUCCAGAUAUCAGGACUAAGUUACAGAGGUUAGAAAAUUUACAGGGCUAUACAUUACAGGAUUUACUUAAAGAAGCUGAAAAAGAUUUUUAAUAAGAGAGAGAAUUGAGUCGAAUCUUGGCCGCCGUAGUUCAGGGCCAAGAAAGGAAGGGAGAUAGGGGGGAGCUCGAAAGGGGCUGAAGCUGGAUAAAGAUCAAUGUGCCUAUUACAAAGAAAAAGGACACUGGGCCAGAGAGUGCCCCAAGAAGCCUGGCGGACCCCGAAAGCCUCGACCACAAACCUCCCUCUUGGCUCUAGAUAAAGAUUAGGGAGGUCAGGGCCAGGAGCCCCACCCCUGAGCCCAGGGUAACGCUUAAAGUUGGGGGCAGCCGGUUGCUUUCCUGAUAGACACAGGAGCCCAGCAUUUAGUCCUCACUCAAGCUUCAGGACAACUCAGCGACCGGACGGCCUGGGUACAAGGAGCUACUGGUGAGAAACAAUACCGAUGGACUACGGACCGCCGGGUUCAGCUGGCUACCGGUAAGGUGACCCAUUCCUUCUUACAUGUUCCGGACUGCCCGUACCCUCUGCUGGGCCGUGACCUGCUCACCAAACUAAAAGCACAAAUUAGGAAGGAGGGGCCCAAAUAACUGGCCCCCACGGAACUCCCCUUCAAGUUCUAACCCUACAACUAGAGGAUGAAUAUAGACUAUAUGAACCGGGACAGGACAAGCCACAAUCCCUAGAAAUAGACACUUGGGUCACGAAUUUUCCACUGGCUUGGGCAGAGACUGGUGGGAUGGGGUUGGCGCUCCAACAGCCCCCCUUAAUUACAACUCCAGUCUCCAUAAAACAAUACCCCCUGUCACAUGAAGCUUAUCAAGGUAUAAGGCUUCACAUUACGAGGCUUCUAGAUCAAGGCAUCCUAGUCCCCUGCCGGUCGCCUUGGAAUACGCCUCUUCUGCCUGUUAAGAAACCCGUCACUGGAGAUUAUAGGCCAAUACAAGACUUGAGAAAGGUCAACAAGAGGAUAGAAGAUAUUCAUCUGACUGUUCCAAACCCUUACAAUUUUCUCAGUAACUGUUCAUCGAUGAGAAACAGGGGUAUGCUAAAGGGGUCCUAACACAAAGGUUGGGACCCUGAAAACGCCCUGUGGCCUACCUGUCUAAGAAAUUGGACCCUGUGGCCUCCGGCUGGCCACCGCGCCUAAAGAUGGUGGCUGCUAUUGCUGUCCUGAUCAAGGAUGCUAGAAAAUUGACUUUGGGACAGCCACUCACCAUCCUAGCACCCCACGCAGUGGAGGCCUUGGUAAAACAGCCCCCAGACCGCUGGCUCUCUAAUUCCCACAUGACCCACUACCAAGCCUUGUUACUGGAUGCAGAACGGGUUCAGUUUGGGCCCGUAGUCGCCCUCAAUCCUGCCACCUUGCUUCCCCUACCAGAGGAGGCAGAACAGCAUGACUGCCUACAAAUCCUCACAGAAGUACAUGGAACCAGGCCGGACCUAUCGGACCAGCCUCUUCAGAAUGCUGACCACACAUGGUACACAGAUGGCAGCAGCUUCUUGGCAGAGGGAGAGCGAAAGGCUGGAGCUGCGGUCACUACGGAGGACAAAGUAAUUUGGGCAAAAGCCCUGCCUGCUGGUACCUCCGCACAACGGGCUGAACUCAUCGCCUUGACUCAGGCGCUCAAGAUGGCAAAAGGUAAGAGGCUAAAUAUAUAUACAGACAGCCGCUAUGCCUUUGCCACGGCACACAUCCACGGGGAGAUCUACCGGAGGCGGGGGCUGCUCACAUCUAAAGAUAAAGAUAUUAAAAAUAAGGCUAAAAUUCUGGCCCUCUUAGAAGCCCUAUUCUUGCCCAAAAGACUGAGUAUUAUACAUUGUCCAGGACACCAAAAAGGGCACAACCCAGAGGCACGAAGAAACCGGCUGGCCGAUGCCACGGCGCGAGAAGCGGCCAUGAGCAAACAAAUCUUGCCCUUAAAUAGCCCAGACCAACCCACGCCCCCACCAGUGGGACAAACCAGUUGAGUUUAUGCCCAUGAGGACAUAGAGCUCCUAAAAAAUGGGGGCCAUCUACCACCCUCAACUAAAACAGUGGGUCUACAAAGGACUUUUGAAUUGAUCUCCUUUUUACAUAAGAAGAUAAAAACCUUACUAGAUCGAGAAGAGAUAAAUCUGUUUUUUUUUAAUUGGGACAAAGCGAUACAAAAGGUGACUGAGAGUUACAAAGCGUGUGCUCAGUUUAACCUGGGAAGGACCAUGAUUGGACAAGGAGUUCGUCCUAGGGGACACCGUCCCGACAUCCAUUGGGAAAUUGAUUUUACUGAAAUUAAACCAGGUAUAUAUGGAUACAAGUAUCUCCUAGUGUUUGUAGACACCUUCUCAGGAUGGGUCGAAGCCUUCCCCACAAAGCACGAGACUGCAAAAAUGGUCACCAAGAAGCUCCUCGAGGAAAUCUUUCCCAGCCCUUCUCUGAGGGCCCAUUUACAGGCCCUACAGAUUGUGCAGAAAGACGUCUGGAGACCUUUGGCCGCUGCUUACCAGGACGAGCUUGAGCAUCCGGUGGUGCCACACCCGUUCCAGAUUGGAGACACCGUG